GCGAAGGAGCGAACACAGCGGGCUGUCACUCCUCUGCUACCGGCUAACGGUACCGCGUUUCUGUCUCGUUAACCUCGAGUUAACACAUUAAACCGGAUGCCUCUAUGAUCCAGCUAACCUUAAAACGAGAUACACGGUGUUCAGUUUACACAAGGUGAGCCAUGGCUGAACAAAACGCCUCCCGGCCCCAAAGGAAAAUGUCCACCUCUGGGGAGAGUGUGUACAAGAUACUAGGGCUUGAGAAAGGCGCAUCAGCAGAGGAUAUCAAGAAAGCAUACAGAAAGCUAGCACUGAAGUACCACCCAGACAAAAACCCAGACAAUCCGGAGGCAGCAGAGAAGUUCAAGGAAAUCAACAACGCCAACUCUAUUUUAAAUGAUGAGAACAAGAGGAGGAUUUAUGAUGAGUAUGGCUCCAUGGGCCUUUAUGUAUCGGAACAGUUUGGAGAGGAAAGCGUCAAAUAUUAUUUCCUCAUGUCUAAAUGGUGGUUUAAGAGUCUGGUGCUGUGCUGUACAGUUUUCACCUGCUGCUGCUGUUGCUGCUGCUGUUGUUUCUGCUGUGGGAAGUGCAAACCUCCAGAUGAUGAUGAAAGCUAUCAGUAUGUUGACCCUGAAGACCUGGAGGCCCAAAUCAAAGCAGAACAGGAUGGAGGUAACACAAUAAUUAUAAUCCAGCCUGCAUCUGAUCUGGGUUCAGAAAGCCCAGAAGACGAGAGUAAGCCCAUCCCCCUGCCUAUGCCUAUGCCUCCACCUGAGCCCCAGUCGCCAACCUCGGCCAACACGGCAGGGGAAGAAAAUCCUGGGGAGACCUUGCCAGGGUCAAAAUGACUCGCAAGUGACGUUAUGAAUCAUCCCCAACUAGCAAAAGCAGGAAGAGUUUCGAGUCCCUACUAUGAUCCACCUACAUCUGACUGCUGCCAGCCACCCUGAGAAAAACCAGCCCAAGUCACCAGCCAGUCCAGAUCCACUUCUUGGUCCUGACCCACAUCAUCCUACCUGAUGUACCCAAGAACCUGCAAGAUAGGCACCUAAACACUUCUGGCUCCCUUUAUGGAAAUACGUGGAAAUUAGCCUACUUGCUGGCAAUGCUAAGGUGGUCGUGGACAACAUCAGGCCAGCUGUUAAGUACAUGGCAACCAGCCAGCCUCCAACAACUCCCCCACCUCUCUUCUUCCAGCACCCUACACAUCCAUUUAAGGUUGAAUGUGACCUAUAUAGCUGAAUUUAUAUUUUUCUCUGUCCUGUUAUCCAUGGCUAGGCCUAAACAUAUCCUAAUCUAUUCUGGUCAUCCCAUUCCAACCAGUAAGGAUGUGACACUGGCCAAGGAGAUGGCAAAAACAGGGAUGUGAGAGCAAUCAGCAUAAAAAUGGAAAGGAGAUCCUCUCUUUUGUUUUUCUUUUUUUAUAUAUCUAUAUAUAUAUCCAUUAUCCAGAUCAGGACUGGAAUUUAUAUUUUUCUUUAUCCAAACUUUCCACCUUUCUUUAUUUUGGACUUCGUUGGUUUCCUCUACAGCGCUUUGAGGGCUGGUGGUAAAUUCAGUGUCACCUGUGACAUGUACAGGUCACUAGAAGCCAGCUGCUGAGCAGAAAUUAUACAUUAAGAAUUGACACUUUUUUUUUGUUUUUUGUUUUUUUUCCGCCUGUUAAAUGUUGCAUUAUCCAAUAUUUAUCCUCUCAGACUAGCUCGUGAUGCCAAGGGUGUUUGUUAAAAAGCUGACGUCAUGUCUCCUUUGACGGGUGAAUAAGUUGCUCUACAGUAAAGUUUUUCAUCAGGACUACAUUUUUUAGUUUGAUACCAAAUGUCUGAGCCAGAACCUUGAGCUGAGGAUGUAGAGCGUGAUUAGGAGUAAAAGAUGUGCAUGCAUUAUUUCUUUAUUUUGUUUUCCUACUGCAUGCCCCAUUUUCUCCACUGUACAGCAGCAAAAACUGCUCAUUCUAACCUUGCAUAGAAACAACAAACAUUUGCACCAGCCUUAGUCAUUGUGGAUUAAAAAAAUAAAUAAAUAACAGCCCUCAGAAUAAUCUCAAAUAAUCAAGGAUUGAUGACAAACCAUGGGAAACAAAUUAAGCAUUGAUGUUUUAACUUGAGGAGAUGGAUUAAUCAUACAUUCUCAGUUUUACCUUCUCAUUGUUUUGCAGUCUGUUAUUUGGUUGACCAAAGCCUGCAGCUUUAUGUAGCCAGCCCUGGACAAACGGGGUCCUCGCCAACAGUUUGUUUAAAUGCCAUUUGUUCUUUCAGCCACAUUUCCAAUUUUAACUUACUUUGUUGUCAAAGUUGUUUGUAUGUGAUGUACUUGGGUCUAUGCAUCUCAUGGGGCGGGUCUGUUGCCAUUUCAUUAAGUUGCAUCAUGUUGCAGAUCUUUGCACCUCUUACAUUACAACUGGACUACAGAGACCAUCAGGUUUAAAUUUUCAUAAUCAGUGCAUUUUUAUUUAAUUUGCAGAAUUGUAUUUAAAUAUAAAGUUAUUUCAGGACCUGAAAAGAGCUUUUUAGAUAUCCAUUUUAUAGCAUAUUUCAGGCACUCUCGGUUUAGCAGGUGGACUGAUCCAUUCAACUCCUGCAUCUUCAACCCAUAAAAUAAUUUUCACUGACCUGUGUUCAGUUUUCAGGAUGGAAACCUGCUUAACCUGCUACAUCCAGACUAACAGUGUUGUGCCUUGAAGAAUGAUUCAGGUGACUGCAGACAGCUCUUGAUUCAUUUUAUCCGUCAUUCUACAUAUGCAAGAGUGGUGUGCAGACUUACCCCUGAAUAUAGUGUGGAAAAUGGUCCAAUGAUGGAGCGUUUAUGUGAGCUUGACUAAUGAAACAAGGCUUCAUCUGUCCUCUGGUGACAGAUGCUCUUUGCUCUUCUCUUUGCGAACCUUCAGUGAAUCUGGGUCAGUGUUGGUGUUUCUCUGCUCUUUGAGAUGCACAAUAAUACAGCCACUUGACAUCUUUGCCUCUUCUCAGUCAUGCACACAUUUCCCUGUAGUUUUUGUUUCCACCUGCUUAGAGCACUUCAUUUAGAAAAAUAAUGAAUGUAAGUCACCAGCGAUCAGCUAAUGUUUUUUUCCCAAGAUUUAUCUUCUGUAAGCUUGUCUUUAAGGCUGCAACGAACAAUAGUUUUUGGCUGUGUCUUUGUAAUGAUCAGAAGUUACUGUCCAUCAAUUUCUCAGUACUUUAAACCAAAAUCCAAAGUAGUUUAAACAAAGAAAAGCAGCAAUUGAACAUUUUGAAGAGGCUGAUAGUUUUGAUAUGUUAAUUUACAAGUGUCAGAAAUAUUUAGUCUAACGUUGAAUAAUCUCUUUAACGUUUCAGCUUUUCUCACUUUGUUCUUUCACCUGGAUGCCAGUUUCAUUGCUGAGUUAAUUGGUGCUUUCAGAUCCCAGGAUUUUUUCAUAGUUCUUUAAAGCUAAUGAGGGAAGUACCCCCACUUUAUUCGUGUCUGCACAGCAGGAACUGAGGUGGAUCACAGCUGACAGAAAUCAAAUUCUAGUGGUUUUUACGUUGAAGUAUUUUCUAUUUAUGACAGGAAACAUCUGUGAUGUGGAUGUUCAGACAAAUCAGGUGUACAGCAAAGUGAUAAAUGCAGCAUUAACACCUGUUUUUACAAAAACAUCUGUGUGAAACAGCACUGUAACCAACUGCUGUUGAUUUUAAGCCAGUAGUCUACCAAUAUGCCACAAAGGUCACAUCCUGUUUAUGGGUCAAAAUGAUGCAGUAAUUUUUCUGUACAGGCUCGGUGAGCUUUGUACUGUGGCUCCUUUCCUCUGUGUUUUUAAUUUGUUUACAAUUGGGGUGUUUAUGGUGGAUUUCUCUGCAGUAGGAUCCUAUAAGAGAGUUCUGUGAAAUAUGAUAGGCUGCAGUUAGGAACUAAAAUUGAUCUACCUUCAUUGCUUACCAGCGCUAUAAAAAAAUUCCUGAUGUACAGAAACACCUGUUGCCUCAAAAUGUUGUUGUAGUGUAAGAGGUCAACUCCAUUGUCACCCAGCUUUAAAGCUACUGUAUAUUGGAUUUAUUCCUCUUAAGUGACAGUGUCUUAUGAAUGGUAUGACUGCUGCAAUUGGCCAGUAACACUAAAAUUAAUUUUAAUUAAUAAAUUUUAGGACUUUUGAUGUUACAUAAUUUUUGAGAGGGUUUUCAUCUGCAGCCACUUUCAUACCUGCAGAACUUGGGAUUGACAGGAAGGAUACAGCAAUUGCGGGUAGCUCAUAUUUUAUCCUCUGUCUUCUUCCACUCAUGCUCCACCAUAUAAAACCAAAAGUUGGUAUUUUCUCACAUGGAUUUUUGUGUGAGUGAGCUUUUAAUGUGCUGCCUAGGGAGUUUUGUUACCUUUUAGUUUCCUCCUUUUGCCAGUUUUUCUAAGUUUAGCUUGUUGGAUAGCUUAACAUUUACCAUACAUACAUGAAGGUGAUGCCGACAUAACAAAAAGCAUAUUUCCCAUGGUGCUGAAUAAUUUGAUUAGCUUGCAUGAUUUUCAUAAACAGUCUAGGAAAAAACAUUCUGCUGCCAUAUUAUAAGUUCAUUAAACAAUCAGUGAUGUUUACAUGGGUCAUGUAGAAGCAGUAACAUGCUGUCCAAUGCAGAGUACUGUUGCUUAAAGGUCAUUUAUUUAAAUAUAUAUAUAAUAAAAACAAAAAAAAAAUAAAAGCCCCAGUAAUUCAUCCUUUUGUGGUGAGUUUUACAGGUAUUUUUCAUCUCAUCUAAUGAUGGAUAAAGGUUACUGUGUGUGUGUGUGUGUGUGAGUGUGUGUGUAAAAUAAACUUGUAAAAGUCGUAGACGUGUCUGGUCUCAGCAGCCAAAAUUUCCCUUUUUUGUAAAUUAGUCUUAAACCAGCUCUGAUUUAUAAAUAUCUGCAUCCCUUUACUCCAGAUGUGUUUAUGCUGAUUACAUAUCAGCUGGUGUGUGUCAGUGGAUCUGUCUGCAAACUUGAAGUUAUUUCAUGUCACGUUUAUUGUUGAUGGCCAAAAUAUUUCAUAGUUCUUUUUGUUUUUGACACUAAAAUGAUGAAGCCAUGACUCAUUAAUUGACAUUUUUCUCUUUCUUCUACUUAUAAUUAUUUAAUUGUUGUAAAUAACUCAUAAAACAUAAGUAACAGACACAAUUUAUGUUUGUAAUGUACAUGAUUUAUGAAAUAAUUUAACAAUGUACAUUUCAGUUUUUUAUUAUUUAUGCCAUACAGAAAAAUAAAUAAAAUGACAGAAGUUGGUGAUGGCUGUUAAGAAUCAUAACAUGUUAGCUUGCACUGUGUUCAGUGAUAUAAACUCCAUGCUGACGUUUGCUAAAAGAAAAAAAAAAAAAGUGUGGAGCUAAUGUUCCUCCGGACGCAAAGGAUUUUUUGUGUCUGCACUCUUUUUAUUCCAUGGGUUAGUUUGCUGGGUGGACAAUUGUAUCAGAGUUCGGGUAUUUAAAGUUGAAAGAAUCAUAAAAAUUGAACACAAGUAGAACAAUAUGAUGGAAAGGAUAGUAAUGGUGGUUUUUAUUCUGUUGUUUGAGGAGGGGGUUUCUCCUGUUUUGGUUCCCUGUGGAUGAUGUGUAAAUGAAUUGUGAUGAAAAUCAGUUAAAUAAAAAAAGGGGGAUUUUA